CGCAUCGCGCUCCCUUCACGCUCUGGGUGUUAAACUGCAACGCCGGGCCGGGGCGAUCGGCAGAGAUUGGGGCGAUCGGGGGGUUCGCUUUCUCCCCGCGUGAGCUCGUCUUGCAGGCUGGCAGGUGUCCUCCUGACCCAGGGAGAAAGUAAAAGGAGUUUGCCGGGCUCCUCCGAGAAAAAAGAUCUCAGAAGCUUUAGACACGCACUGCAGUUUUUUUUAAAGUUGCAUUUGGAAGGGAUUUUCUGCUUUGGGGAGGGAGUGCGGGACUGUAAAAAAAAUUUUUUUUUUGGAUAGCUAACACUGAAAACUGUCCGGUGAAGGUGAGAGUGGGUUCUCUCACGUUUCUUUGCCAGUCUUCCCCGCCCACUUAUUGUUAUUUUUUUACAACAAAGAGGUCACCGGGGGAAAAAAAGUACAGAUGGCUUCCACUCCAAACGAUUCGGAUCCGAACUCCCAGCCGGGGAACCCAGAUCCGAAUCCAAAUCGCGAAGAAGAGCUGGACUUCUCGAUUUUAUUUGAUUAUGACUAUACGAACUCUAUAGCAGAAGAACCGACUCCUUCACAUAAAAUCAUCAGCCCACCCUCUGGAGUAACUUACCCUCAUGAUGAUGUCUCGGAUUAUGGCCUCAAGCCGUACCCCUUCGCUUUGCCUAGUCUUUCGGCAGAUCACAUGGGCAGAUAUGGACAGCCAGAUAGCAUAGGGUCAAAAUGCUACUUGGACCCUGUCAAGGCUGCAGGUCCCCCUACUUUGAGCCCUAGGAUUGAGAUAACACCAUCAUAUGAACUGAUUCACCCAGGGGGUCCCUUCAGCAGCAGAGACACAGAUCUGUUGGUAGAGCAUCAGUCCAGCUCAGCUACCACUAGCCCAAGGUUUACCCUGCCUGUCCCUGGCUUUGAGAGCUACCGAGAACCGCUGUGCCUGAGCCCUCCUAGCAGUGGCUCUUCUGCAAGCUUCAUUUCAGAGACAAAUUUCUCUCCUUACACCUCACCAUGCGUUUCACCAAAUAAUGGCCCUAGUGAUGACCUUUGUCCACAGUUUCAAAACACCCAUGCUCAUUAUUCCCCUAGAACCUCGCCAAUAAUGUCCCCACAAGCAACCAUCGUGGAGGAUACCUGCUUGGGCCCACGUUCACCAUCACCACGUCCCAACUCAAGGUCGUCAUCACCAGGAGCAAAGCGGAGAUACUCUUGCACUGAGCUCUACGGGAGUCAGCCGCCUUCUACUUCCCCGCGUCAAUCGAGGACCCCCUCUCCACAGGCCUCUCCUCAGGUUCCCUUGAGAGAAGACGGAUCUUCAAUCACUUACACCCAGUUGUCCACCUCCUCUAGCCUCAUGGAUGCAAUGAGCAAUCUCACUACCGAUCCCUCCUGCGGAGUUCCUACAAAAAUAUGGAGAACCAGCCCGGAUCCUUCUCCGGUGUCUUCUCACAAAGCCAGCAUGCCAUGCCAUGUGCUUCAGCCUAUUGAAUACCUUGGAUCUUGUGAGCAGGAUGACAGGAGAAACCCACCACCAGAGUCAAUCUUAUUAGUGCCACCAUCUUGGCCAAAGCAGCUGAUGCCUGCAAUACCUAUCUGCAGCAUUCCUGUACAGUCUCUCCCACCACUUGAGUGGCCACUUUCCAGUCAUUCUGGCUCUUACGAACUGCGUAUUGAAGUGCAACCAAAACCCCACCAUCGUGCCCAUUACGAGACAGAAGGGAGCCGAGGGGCAGUGAAAGCACCAACAGGAGGACAUCCUGUGGUCCAGCUUCAUGGUUAUAUGGACAGUAAGCCGCUUGGCCUUCAGAUCUUCAUUGGAACAGCAGAUGAGCGUAUUCUUAAGCCACAUGCUUUCUACCAAGUCCAUCGCAUCACGGGGAAAACAGUCACCACCACGAGCUACGAAAAAAUAAUUGGCAACACAAAAGUGCUGGAAAUUCCUCUGGAGCCAAAAAACAACAUGAAAGCAACUAUUGACUGCGCAGGCAUCCUUAAACUGAGGAAUGCAGACAUUGAACUGCGGAAAGGGGAGACAGAUAUUGGUCGGAAGAACACACGUGUGAGACUGGUUUUCCGUGUGCAUAUCCCUGAAUCCAGUGGCAGGAUAAUUUCUUUGCAAGUGGCAUCCAACCCUAUUGAAUGCUCCCAACGUUCUGCUCAUGAACUUCCGAUGGUCGAGAGGCAAGAUGUUGACAGUUGCCUAGUGUAUGGGGGGCAACAGAUGAUCCUAACCGGCCAGAAUUUUACUGCAGAAUCAAAAGUUGUAUUCACCGAGAAAACAGCAGAUGGGCAACAGAUUUGGGAAAUGGAAGCUACAGUAGACAAAGACAAGAGCCAACCUAAUAUGCUUUUUGUUGAAAUACCAGAAUAUCGUAACAAGCACAUCCGUACGCCUGUCAAGGUGAAUUUCUAUGUGAUCAAUGGAAAAAGGAAAAAAAGCCAACCACAACGUUUUACCUAUCACCCAGUGCCUUCCAUCAAAACAGAGCCCAUUGAUGAUUAUGAUCCAGCUUUAAUCUGCAAUACAGUACACAGUGGUAUGAGAACAGUAACACAGCCUUAUUAUUCACACCAUACAAUGGUCUCUGAGGCUCCUUCCUGUCUUGUGGCCACAAUGGCUUCCUGCCAGCAGUUGCGUUCAAGUUUGUCUUCUCCUGAAUCUCAGUAUCCUCAACAAAACUCGGGUGCUGUAAUAUAUCAAAGAAGCAAGAGUCUGAGUCCCAGCCACCUGGGCUACCAGCAAGCCAGCUUGAUGGCUACACAAGUAUCCAUUCCAGAUGUUCACAGGUCAGUGCUGGUACGCACAGGAUCCCCCAGCCAAAGCUCAACUGUGCUCCAUCAUUCUCCAACCAAUCAGCAGUCCUCCCCUGUGAUUCACUGCUCUCCUACAAACAGUCAACAACUGAGGUGUGAAAGUCAUCAAGAAUUUCAGCACAUCAUGUGUAGUGAAAAUUUCACAUCCAGUGGAGUGAGAUCCAGCCAACCUCAGGUCAGCCAAGCCCAAAGAUUAAGUCCAAGUUCAUACCCUACUGUGAUUCAGCAGCAGAGAACAGUCAAAAAUGGACCACCAGUAAAUGAUCAGAAGGAAGCAGUGCCAGCAGGAGUCACUGUUAAACAGGAACAGAAUCUUGACCAAGCCUAUUUGGAUGAUGAGCUGAUAGAUACACACCUUAGCUGGAUACAAAACAUUAUAUGAAACAGAAUGCCUGUGCUUUUUUGAUCCAAGCAAUCAAAGUCCAAGUUAACGAAAUUAUCAGGAAAGAGUUUUCUGGACUCCCUGCCAGAAGUCAGACAUAGAAGAAAAGAUUUGCAAGACAACUUUUAUUGAAUGCUUCCGUACCUGACCUCUUAGAUUCUUCUCCUGCCCCAUCAGCCUCCUGCUUCCUUAACUGAUCAUCUCAAGGCACCGGUUCAGCACCAAGAACAAUGCAUUGGCAUCAGACUGACAGCUUUGACUAAGCAACUCGGCACCUCUCACUGUAAACAUCAAAAAGAACAUUCUUCCUUUUGUCCAAAGAUCAUGUUGUUCUCAUGUAGUAAUGCAUGCACUUGACACAACCGAUUAGUAUGACAGCAAAUUCACACCCACUGGGGGGGAAAUAGAGAUGCAGAAAAUAAAGCAUCAAUCCAGAAACCUGGGCCAAAAUAAAGUAGGAUUGCAUGUCUGCUGUGAACACCAGAUGAAUUUCAAAAUUAUCAGCUCAAGAGAGAGGAUUGAUCAGAUUAGUCAAAAAGAUUUUAAAAAUGAUAACUCUUACAAAAUAAUGCACAAAUAGUAAGGCAGGAAAAAUAAUAAGGGAGACAACUUUUCCAAACAGAGGCUUGACUGCCACAUGGCAUCAUCUUGUAAAAGUUUCAAAAACUUUCAACGUAGCACAAGAGAGCUGCUGUAAUGGAAGAAAAGGAAGAGAGUUACAUCAUGUGGGCACAACUGAUUAUGAAGCUGUAAACUAACUCUGGAUUGCGGCUUGAUUGUGUUGUUGCUCUGAUCACAGGAUACCUUAAAGCCACAUUUUCUUUGCUUUGGAUUAGAAGAGGCAUAGACUCAAGCUACAGUACAGUUAAAGUAUUGUGGAAGGGAAGAGUUCAGCAUUUUAAGGCCUAUGGAUUUCUGUAGAAGAGAUACGAGCACUGAUAAGAUUAAAAAUCUCUCUGAAAUUGGUGGGACCCAAAAUGAUUAAUUUCCAUUGAUUGUUCAUAUAUAGUACUUGAGUCUAUAUGGAUAGCAUGAAGUAAUCAAAACCAAGAUUUUUCUUACGUUUCCUCUCACCUCUACAAAAAAAAAAGCAACAGAAAUUUUGUUUGUAUUUAAUCAUCUCAAUUUAGAUUUGAGACAAUUGCCAUAAUUUUACAGUGGGAAUUUUGACCCUUCCAUAUCCAUUAGUCUCAAGGUUCAUAGCGAAAAAUCACAAGAACAGGCAACCCUAAUUGAUGCCACAAUUUCAUUCAUAGCAAAUAAGCAGAAUAAUUUAAAUGGUUAAAUCAACUGUUAUUCCUGCCUUGGUGCUCAUUACAGCAGCUAGCAAAGUGCCCAGAAAUCUCAGGGAUUUUUCUUAAUAUAUUAGGGGUAUGCUGUCUUUUUCUAAUGAUAAAUGUUUAAAUUUCCUAGAAAAAAUUAUCAACACGCACUCAGCAUGGAGAUCUAAUAGGUUCUGCAUUCUAGUGUAGAUUUGGUAAAGUGUCAAUUGUCUGCACGUCUAGAUACAGUAAAGCACAUGGUAUAGAAUUCUGGGAACUACGUAAUUUCCGACUACAGGUGGCAGAAGGAAUUGCAUGUUCAUAUAUUUCUUCACAAUAUUGGUCAAAAAGGUCAUGUCAGGACAAAGUGUUACAUUAAGCCCUCGAUUUGGCAUGAUAACAUUCCAUGUGUUCUUCCACAGUCUUCUCUCCAUAGUCUGAAAUGGCGAAGUCCCAUAAACUGUGUUUCACAGAACAUAGCACCCUUUGCCAACUGACUCAUAAUUCAUUUAUCAUUAAAUUACUAACAGUUUGCUUCUCUCCAUUACCUGUAUUAAACAGAAGGAAGCAUUCUGUUACAUCCUCUCGCUACUCCAAAACAAAUUUCAGCAGGAAGGAAAGAGUUAACAGUAGCAUAGAGCUAUAGCAGUUCCUUCCAAUUGCUCUAGAAUAGUGGCUCCCAACCUUGGGUCCCCAUAUGUUCUUGGACUAAA